UAUGUGAACAAAAAGUUGCUGUACCAUACUAGAUUUCGAUUGAGCUCUGACCGACAAGAGUCAAUUCUGAACAAGAAAACCAGCGGAAACUAGAAAAAAAAAACUCAACUGCCCUGUUCAGAUUAGAGAUCGCUCCUGUGGUCUAUGAUGUCAUCAGAAUCUCUCAAAGGAAACCCGGAGUUCCCCUUUUGUAACACAUUUAUAUUGACUGGAAACAGGCUGCUAUUGAUACAACAUCAUGUGGUAGAAAUAAAAAAGAACUAUUUAUCAGUGUUAUUCCGCUCCUGAACCUGACUCCACUCAGUACCACAGUUCUAGCAAAUUAUGGGUUAUGUUGGUUUUAAAGAAGUCACUGAUGGUUAAGCAAUACAUGACACUAAGGUUCAUUGUUAGGUGCUGAAUGGAAACAUCACAACAUGGUCUAUCCCAUAAGAAAGCAAAUGGCUCCUGAAUUUCUGCUCUAUUGUCUAGCAGAAUCCUUUCCAUCUGUUCUGUAGUUCAUUACCUUUUAUUACCUUUUAUUGCCUAUGUUACCUUUAUGAUAGGUCAAAGGUUUGUUUCAGGGUGCUGGUAGCUGUGAAAUAGUUCUGUAAUGAGUAAAUAUUUAACUAGCUUGCUUGCUUUUAUAUAAGAUAGCAACACAGAAAUUCAGGAGCCUUCCGACAAUCCAAAACAGGACCGAGACGAGGCUGAGGCUCUCUUGUGUUAACGUAUAAGUGAGACUCCCAAUUCUGAUAAGGUCGAGAGUGAAAAGAAGGGUCAGAAAUGGCUUCCAUUGAGCUGGAACUGAGCGGCUUUGCUCUUGGAAUUCUGGGUUUGUUAGGGACACUGUUGGCCACCGUUUUACCGCACUGGAGGACGACAGCGUUCAUCGGCUCCAACAUUAUCACAGCCGUGGGCUACCUGAAGGGCUUGUGGAUGGAGUGCGCCUACUUUAGCACGGGCACCUUCCAGUGCGAAAUAUACCGCUCUCUACUGGCUUUGCCCCCGGAUCUCCAGGCCGCACGAGCCAUGAUGGUCAUCUCAGUGGUUCUGUCCACUCUAGGCUGUGUCAUCUCUUCCGUUGGAAUGAAGUGCACCGUCUUCAUGCUGAGAACCACGACCAAAUCCCAAGUAGCAGGCGCCGGGGGCUGCUGUUUCCUAGCUGCGGGCUUCAUGUGCAUAAUCCCAGUGUCAUGGACCACUAAUGAGGUGAUCCGUAUGUUUUACAACCCUAUGCUACCCAACAGCUACAGGUAUGAGAUGGGUGCGGCACUCUACCUGGGUAUGGUGUCUGCCGUGCUCUCCUUCCUUGCUGGGGGUAUCCUCUGUGCCUCCUGCUGUGGGCAGGAAGGGGGCUCAAGACGCCCGGGCCUCAGGCUCAACCCUUACCCAAACCGCAACCCGCAACGCUCGCAGCCAAUGACUUUCCGGAACCCAGCGGUGCAAAACGGCAAUGCCAUUGGCAGCACAAACUACAAAAUCAGCCACAAUGGAUACAACCUCGAUGGGUAUGUGUGACACUGCAGAGGUGGGUGCACUGGGCUGUACCAGGAACUGAGGAACACUGACAGAGGAGGGUAUAAUACUGCUUGGCCACACUUACACUGUGUCGAACACCAAGAGCAAUGCAUGUAUGCAUCAGCACUUAUCUAUAGCUUUAAACACUCAAUCAUCAAUGUUUCUGUAAAAGCCUUAAUUUAUACAAUCAGAAUAUUUUGUACUCACACUGGCAUUUUAACACGUGUUUGUUGCACUGGCUUGAUUCUCAAUUGCCCCUGGUCCUGCACAGUACUGGCAACAUUGACUGCACACCAGCUAACAGGUUAUCUAGAGGUGCCAGUUUGGACACUGUGACUCAUAACACAAUGGAAGAGAUAUCGUUUUGCAUGCUGUAUAUGACAGGAAUCCCCGUCUUAAGUUCUAUAGGCAGCCGAUUGUGUAUGCUGUAUUUCUUGAAAUCCGAUUGCCACUUUAUUCUAGGCAGGAUGUGAUCUAAUUUUGUACCCUCUGUGUUGUAUACAGUUGUUUAUAUUUGGAGUUUAAUGACGCUAGUCGAUGCAGAACUAGGUUUGCCAGACACGAUACAUGUUUCUGGUCCUGUACGGUUGAUUUACAAACAAAUGAUAUUUUAUACUAUAAAUUAUAUGACAAAUGAAAUCUCUCUGUCAAUCACUUUCAAUGGGAUUUCAAAUUCUAUAUCCUGGGAUAAAAUGAUAAGGUACAGUUUUGAUAAACAAACACCAGUGACAGCAUUGAGACAGCACUCUGUAGCUGAGUCAAACUGACUUAUGUUUUACGCCUCCUGUGGAUAUUGCUUAAUUGUAUAUAGAAGAAGCACUGCAGUGAAUUUCAAGAUUAUAAUUGCAUUGAGGGGUUCUGGUGACAUCAAAAACCACAAGAGCAAAGCCCAAGAUGCAAUUAUAACUGAAAGUAAUUCACUUGCUAUUUUAUUAUUUUUUUUCAUUUCAUAAAUAGGCAUUGUGUUGUCACAUGGUGUAAUUAUGACUUUUUGACUUUAAUACAGAUUAAUUAUGACUUUCUGCAUUUCAAAAAGUCACCCUUACAUUAAUAAGCAUCUUUAAACAUAAAAGGUGUUGAGGAUUAUUAUCAUGGGACAAAAAGUGUGGAUGCUUAUUACCAUGUAUUAUACUGUACAAGUCACUUUUAAAAGCAGAACAUCUCACAUUUUGUAUAUAUCAGCAUUUCAUUGUGUUUUUUCCUCCUUUAAUUGUUUACACUGUCUCUUCUAUUUAUAAAAACACUAUUUAUAUUUAAAUACCUUAUUUUCUAACCUGUAUCUGUUAUUUCAUUGUGGAACUACUUUUUGCUGUGUAAUUAUGUAUUUAACAGACAUUAUUAAAUCUAAUUUCUACAUUACUCAGGUUUUUCUUACGGGUCAUUUCUUAUAAGACACUGUUAGAGCAUGAGUUUUGAAAUUACCGCAUGGCUACCUACACUUGCCGUGCCUUUCUGCCUAAACAACAGCACUGCUUAGAAUCUUCUUCAGCCAAUCAGAGUGCUCUGUUCACCCAGUCUGUUUUAUAAUGGAAUUAUUUGUUAACACUGCAUAGCCUGUCCUGGUUAGACAUUUCUAAGUCUAUUUAACAAUCACAAGCGAAGGCCAAUUCAGUAAUAGAGCUAGAGCUUGACUUAUAUUUUCUCAUUGAAUAUGACUCAAAAUGACAAUAGUCUCACACAAGCUAUUGAGUGAGGAUUUUACACAUAAUACCUCUCUCACCCCAGCAGACACUGACCCUGACCUAUAAAUCCUUCCUCUCUUCGCUGUAGCAUGUUCCCUUUAUGAUAGAAGAGGGUCUAGUGUUUGUUACUGGUGGCUGGGAAAUCUGUGAUGAGUGAAUAUUUAACCAGCGUGUUUGCUUUCAUAU